CGGCUUUAUUUCAUUAAAUCUGUGGCUAUUGACUACACUGGAUGUUUGCGCCCGAGCGAACCUCCCGGCCUUCUUCGCAGGCUGGGAACUUACCGCCUCUUUUGUCGUUUGACUUGCUGGCUUUGACUUGACGCUUGCCGAACCAUUCUGUGUGAAUCUAGCAUCAUGAAUUUGUCUCUUGUUGAUCCCUUUGUCCUAGCUCAGGAUUAUCCAGACACGUUGACGGAGAAGCUGAGAAGUGGACAUGCGACUUGUCUACGGUUUAAUCGCAAAGGAGACUAUCUGGCGUCUGGACGGGUUGAUGGAACAGUAGUCAUUUUUGAUGUGGAAACCAACGGGGUUGCGCGAAAGCUACGAGGUCAUACCAGGCAAAUUCAGUCAUUAAGUUGGUCAAGAGACGGCCGUUAUCUUCUGAGUUCUUCUCAGGACUGGAAAUGUAUUUUAUGGGAUUUGAAAGAUGGCUCCCGGGUCCGCACCGUCCGCUUCGAAGCACCCGUUUAUAUCGCAGAACUACACCCUUAUAACCACUUGCUCUUUGUAGCGUCUCUUUUCGAAGAUCAGCCUGUCCUCGUGGAUGUUUCGUUACCCAAGCCCGUCAAGCGCAUCCUUCCAUCCGCUCCAUUUCGCCCUCCGCCUCCAAAGAACGAAGAAAUCGACCCCGCCGUUGCUGCGAAACAAGCAGCUCAAGAUGCGAAACAUUCCACGUGCGUUACGAUCUUCACUGCUCUAGGAAACCAUAUUAUAGCGGGUACAUCUAAGGGUUGGAUCAAUAUUAUUGAGACACAAACCUGUACCACAAUACAUUCCACUCGGCUCUGCAAUGGUGUGGUGAUCUUACUUCGCCUAGCGAGUAACGGUCGGGAUCUACUAGUCAACAGCUCUGAUCGCGUUAUACGCACAAUACUCAUGCCGGAUCUCUCGCAACUGGGUAUCGAUCUGGAGCCUACCAACAUCAAACUCCAAGUGGAACAUAAGUUCCAAGAUGUGGUGAACCGUUUGAGUUGGAACCAUGUAGCAUUUUCUUCCACCGGGGAGUUUGUUACUGCGUCCACAUUCAUGAACCCUGACAUUUAUGUUUGGGAGCGGAGCCACGGCUCCCUGGUCAAGAUUUUGGAAGGCCCCCGCGAAGAACUAGGAGUGGUUGAGUGGCACCCUAGCCGUCCGAUGGUGGUUGCCUGUGGCUUAGAAUCUGGAUGCAUCUAUACUUGGUCGAUUGUGACGCCUCAGAAAUGGUCAGCCCUGGCCCCUGACUUCGGUGAGGUCGAAGAGAACGUCGAGUAUGUUGAGCGUGAAGAUGAAUUCGAUAUCCACCCGGCAGAGGAAAUUCACCAGCGCCGUUUAGACCAGGAAGACGAAGUCCCCGACGUUCUCACAAUCGAAGUAAACAAAGACGGCGCGGAUGAGGAUAGUGUUACCUCAUUUCGCAUGCCAGUCCUUCUUGAUAUUUCGGACAGUGAAAGCGAGGAUGAUAUCAUCGCGGUUGGACCCGGGACGAUGAGGAGACGUAGUCCAGGCACAGCGCGAGACCGAACGAAUGCCAACGGGGAUGGGGAGAAGGACAGUGUAAGUGGCGGUAGAAACGGCAGCACACGAGGUCAGAAGGGUCGGCGGCGCUAAGUUGUACUUGUGGCUAACACACUGCGUUUUCUCACUGUUAUGAGUGUUGCUUCUGUCUUACUUUGCGAGUCAUCUAUUGGGUCAU